AUUGACGUCGCGGUAUUAUGUACUGUAUUUUCCUGCUUUCAUUUUUUCUUGUAGCUAGCCUGCUAGCUAGUUGACAACAAUGGGCGAUAGUGAGCAGGUAGAGUGGACGUUUAUGAAAUUAUACCUUAACGAUAUUGGAAACGCUCUUUCAGAUAAAUCUGGAACAUGGAUGUCGAAAAGAAGCAGCCGGUUCUAUCAUGAAGAACAACAGACAGGGGUGACACCCACUCAAAGGUUUGAGAGGCAGCUGAGAACUCCCCAGAGAAACUCCAGGUGGCAAAGUCCCAGGACGCAUUCUAAACACCUGACAGAAGAAGAGAGGGGGUUUUCUCCUGUGUCUGGGUCUGGGGAGGAGAGCGACAAGGAGGCCUCCCCACCAAAAAGGAGGACCACAAUAAGCAGCUCCAAAAAGACAAGAACCAAGUCUCACACAAAGGAUUAUGAUGACUGUUCUGGGACAGAAUCUGGCGAGCAGCCAGAGAAGAGCACACAAAGCAACUCAAAAAAGAAAAAGACUAAUACUCACUGUAAGGAGGAGGAUAAUGACAACUUGUCAGACAAACCAACUGUGGUGGCUUCCCCCAGAAAAAGGAGCAGGCAAUGUAGUGACUUCAAUGUAUUUGAAGCAGAGGCUGAACCAUGUAAUACUGUGUCUGAGCCUGAGGUGGAGGUAGUUGUGGAGGGGGAGACUGGAGUGGCGUCUGUUUCUAAGAGGUGGAAACAGUACAACCCCCCCAAAAUAACUAAGCCUCAUGCCGAGGACAAAGCUGAGAGUGAACAUUAUGAGUUGGUAGAACAGGCUGAAGAGACUCCCAUUAGAAAAAAACUUAGCAAGUCUAAAAAGGUAAGAACGAGGACUCCCUCUGAAGACGUGGGGGAAGAUGAAAGUGACCACUUUGAGACGGAAGGACAUGCUGCAGCUGAAGACACUACCCUCAGAAAAAGACAGAGGUCGAUGAAAUCUAGAAAGAAGAGAUCCAAGAGUCCUUCGAAGAAGGCCAGAGAUGCAGAGAGUGAUGAUGAAUCAGGCAAACAUGUUUCCAAGACUCUGCCUAAGGACUUACAUGAAGAAGAGAGUGACCAAGAUGCUGAGACUCAGUCUAAGAACCUCAGUGAGGAGAGUGACCAGGACUCCCAGACGGAGCAUAAAGGCUUAGGUGAAGAGGAGUGGCACCGCUCUGACCAUCCAGAGGAGGAGACAGAACAGGAGGUGUUACCUGCAAAGAGAGAAAGAGGACCCAAGAGCACGAAGACUGUGAAGUCAGAUUCCAACUCUGACUCUGAAAAUGUCACUGUUAAAAACAAAGGCAAAAAGCAAGGUGCCAGGGGUUUGAAGGCACCAAGAGUAAGAUUUAGACCACCUAUAGAGAAAAAGAAAAUGGUGAAAAUACUUCAUAUUUGCAGUUUCUGUGAAAAGGUCCUGCCAAACAGGGAUGCUCUGAGUAGGCACCUUCAGCAUCACACAGGGGAGAAGCCUUACCACUGUGAAGAGUGUGGCAAAGACUACGGCAGCAAAAACACCCUGAAGAUUCACAAUAUGCAGGUUCACCACAAGGGGACAAAGGACUUCAUAUGCAAUGAUUGUGGUCAACAGUUUACCCACUUCACGUACCUCAAACGCCACCUGUACUCCCACACGGACAAGGAAAAGAGGCCACACCUGUGCAAUGUGUGUGGGAAUUAUUUCAUCCAGAAGUCUCACUUGGACCGUCACAAGAUGAUUCACACCGGAGAGAAACCAUUCAACUGCGAACACUGCGCCAUGGCCUUCAAUCGUCCGGAUUCCCUGCGGAUGCAUCUGAAGCUACACGUGUCGGGCAGUGAGGGGCCAAAUCUGGCAGAGCAAGAGAAGACAAAGUGCACAGCGUGUAAGAAGAGCUUUGUCAACCCAAAUUACCUCAAAGUCCACAUGAGAAUACACACUGGGGAGAGGCCAUACAAGUGUGAGGACUGUGCCAAGAGCUUCACCCAGAUCAGUAUUCUCAACGCGCACCGACGCACGCACACUGGAGAGAAGCCACACGAGUGCAAGGCGUGCGGCAGCUGCUUCACCCGUCGCAAGUACCUGGAUGAUCACAUAGGCAGAAAGCAUGGGUCUUUUGAGCAAAUGAAUGAACAGGAGGAUGAACAAUGAUAACUGAGUUUUUAGGUGUUGUGAUUUAAUGUGUGUAACACAUAAUAUAAAUAUUGAAGAUCAGGCAAGGCUGGACUGUUGCAUAGUAGUUUCUCUUGUGAUGUUGCAGGAUGUUUUUUCCUGUCAUGCCAUGAUAAAAAUACUGUUUUGGCUUUAUAGUGGUGCCCAUUCUGAAAAUGGUUCAUUCCUUUGAAUCUAAACUAAACUUUGAUGGUCCACACAAUUUACUGUAAUGCUUUCAACUUUGAUGGUCCACACAAUUUACUGUAAUGCUUUCAACUUUGAUGGUACACAGAAUUUACUGUAAUGCUUUAUUGGUUUGCAAAAGUAUGUGGACGACUGCUCGUCGAAAUAUCUCAUUCCAAAAUCCUUGGCAUUAAUAUGGAGUUGGUCCCCCCUUUGCUGCUGUAAC